AUGUCUUUCCUCCAACGUCAAACGACGCGCAUCACUGGUACCGAGAAUGGCGAGCGCCGGCACAGCUUCCUCAACAUUUCAUCGGAAGGCAAAGUACCAAACGCGAAGAAGCCUCGCUCCCGACCGCCCACAUCACUACGCGACCAUCUUCCCUUUCCAAACUCAGCACUAUGCCCCGCUUCAGGGCCAUACUCCAUUGGCAGCAUGGAGAUUGAAGUCCCUGUCGAAUCUCCUCGAUCUAUAUCCAAUAUCAAGCGAAAUGGCAGGCAUCUUUUGCAGUUAGAAACCGUGCUAUUCACACUAUACUACCCGGCAUCAAUCGGAAAUGGAUCUGGCAUUGCACCGGGAGGGGAGAAGAAAUGGAGUCGGGAGACGUGGCUCCCAAGACCAAGAAUAGAGACGGCCAAGGGAUAUUCGCGAUUCGCAGGGAUACCAAACGUUGUGGGUAUUGGAGUGUCUGGUGCCACCACGAUGCUCACAAAGCUGCGUGCAUAUCGGAACAGUCCCCCUGCCACACACUGGCCCCCUGAGGGAAAUUCGAAGAAGAAUGGAUACAAGAUCAAGAACCAACAAGGCCACCCGCCUGAAGGCAUGAGUGGAGAGCCAACGUUCCCUCUGCUAAUGUUCAGCCACGGUCUGGGUGGUUCGAGAACUGCAUACAGUAGUCUGUGCUCUGAGUUUGCAAGCUACGGUUUUGUCGUAUGUGCUGUGGAACACCGGGAUGGUAGUGGACCUCGUACCUUUGUAAACCAUAAGAAGCGAGGGCAGGAAGAAAAUGAUGCACGUGAUCAAAGCAGGCAAAGUGGCCCUAUGCAAGAUGGGCAUGAGGAAGGCGAGAAGGGCUCCGACAAGUUUCACCAACUAGACCAUACGGAGGAAGAGAUUGCACAGGGCUAUCACCACGUGGACUAUAUCUUCCCGAAAAAUAACCCCAAAGACACCUCACCAAACAACGUAAACGGUGUUGACAGUGAGCUGCGUAGCGCUCAAAUCGAAAUGCGUCUUUGCGAACUCGAAGAAGCAUAUCGUGUACUGAAGAUUAUCUGCGCUGGCGACGGUAAUCAAAUUGCAGAGCAGAAUCUACGGGGAAAGGGUUAUAUAGGCGGCUCAUCGAGAGGCCUGAACGGAGUUGACUGGUCUCAGUGGAAAAAUCGUUUCUCUGUAGACAAGAUGACCAUGGCUGGUCAUAGCUUUGGAGCGGCGACGGUGGUCGAAGUCCUCAGACAUACAAAUCGAUUCACAAGCGUCCAGGCCGGUAUCAUCUAUGACAUCUGGGGUGCUCCUAUCAAGCCACCGUCGGAUGAUCCUAAACAUCGAAUACACCUUCCACUGCUUGGUAUUGCUAGCGAAGCAUUCAUGUACUGGGAAAAGAAUUGGAAUGCAUCGAUGUCUCUCAUGGAAGAAGCCAGUGAGCAUGGAGCACCAGCAUAUUUGCUAACCGUUCGAGGCUCUGUACAUAUUAACCAAAGCGACUUCUCAAUCUUGUACAGACACUUGACAUCCUUUUUUAUGAAGGCUACCGUCAAUCCAGAAAGAGCAAUUGACCUCAAUGUGGGAACAAGCCUCGAAUUCCUACGGCUCGUGGCGCCUGACAGUGGCGGAGGAAAAUCCAUUAUAAACCGUUGCAUGACUGACGAGCAUAUACUUCAAACACCAUUGAUGGAAGAGACACCGAACGAAAACCGGCCGGAUGAUGAAUGGAUAGCGGCUCGUUUGCGUGUGGACAAUCCAUUCAGGAAACGCCUUGCUUCUGGCCUUCAGAGAAAGUUCAAGCGCAACCUCCGGGAAAGUGCUGGCGAAGGAUACACGACUUCGGAUGAAAUGUGGUGUUUCUUCAAACCAACAGACGAAGGAUUGCAGAAGUGGAUCGAUAAAGAAGACAAAGGCGAAAAGCGCAUCGAUGAAGACCAUGCCACUGUGCUCAAUAGAGAACGACAGAGUAGUGCCAUGUCGAUACCGGAUGAUCCUAGUCAAGACGCAUCGCUGAGUGAUGCUGAGAAAGACGACAAGUCCUUGCAAAGCGAAGGCAUCGCCGGCUCUAAAGAUACUUCAAGCUCACAAACACACCGAGAUUGCUCUCCACAGUUUGUACGCAACAAGUACCACAACGACGAGCAGGCUAAUAGUGGGGAUAGUGGGACCGGGAGGGUCUCGACCACUGCAGGAUCGACGGAAGAAGCGCUUGCCAAGGCUUGA